AGAGCACGUGACUCGCUGAGUUGGCAAUAAUUAUAUCGGGAAGCCGAGUCUCCCCAGUCAGGGCUAAGUUCCACAACGUACAAUUUGUCGAGACACGACCAUGUCCUACUCUUAUCUGUUCAAGUACAUCAUCAUCGGAGACACAGGUGUGGGGAAGUCUUGUUUACUCCUCCAGUUCACAGACAAACGGUUCCAGCCAGUCCACGACCUCACCAUAGGGGUGGAGUUUGGUGCUCGGAUGAUAAACAUUGAUGGAAAACAGAUCAAACUUCAAAUCUGGGACACUGCAGGACAGGAAUCAUUUCGAUCCAUCACCAGAUCAUAUUACAGAGGAGCUGCUGGGGCGCUGCUGGUCUAUGACAUUACCAGACGAGAGACUUUUGAACACCUGACAUCAUGGCUGGAAGACGCGAGGCAGCACUCCAGUGCCAACAUGGUCAUCAUGCUCAUCGGAAACAAGAGUGAUUUGGAAGCCAAGAGGGAAGUCACGGCGGAAGAGGUAUGCAGUAUUCAUGCACAAGAUAUUAUAAGUGUGGUUUGUUCUGUAGGGGCUGUCGUUUGCAAAAGAGCAUGCACUAGUCUUUAUGGAGACAUCAGCAAAGACUGCUGCCAAUGUGGAAGAGGCAUUUAUCAACACAGCCAAGGAGAUCUAUCAGAAGAUACAGGAUGGGAUAUUUGAUGUAACAAAUGAAGCAAAUGGGAUCAAGCUGGGGCCACAGUACCAGACAGGAGGUCCGUCCCGGCCAGGAGCUAUUGACAGUGGCAAGCCACCAGGACAAGGAGGCUGCUGUUGAACUAUUAUCGAAUCUCUCAUUAUUGUGUUUCCAAUUACACCACUGUAUGUACUGCUCACUCGUAAAGCCAUCUACAUGUGUUGAAUUUCACAUUGUACUCCAAAAUUACUUGUACACCACUCCUGUGUGGCUUGGCAAUGCUAAAUUAUCCGUUUAUUUCCGUAAAAUAGGCCGUAGACUAGCGCUCACGUGACUUGAUUCAAGAUGGCCGCGAAGUUCCUCGUGAUUUUGAAGGCUGCGUUCCCUGGUUGAUUCUUCGCUGCCUUAGUGAAAUCCUCCAUUGUUGUUGCAGGUUGUUAUACAUAGCUGAGCAAAAACUAACUUUGCGUUCUCUUCUUUGCCACACCACACUGGCCUCAGUUGAGGCAUGGAGAGCUCUAGUAAUACUUUGGCAGGCCCUACCACUAAUAUUGAACCCAGAAACAGUACAGACAGAUCGAAUGACAGUGUCACGGAUGAACUAUCAGUUGCCGGUGCUGAGCUAGCCACAGAGGGGCAGAUCCUGGCAAACACGCCAAACCCGGCGCGUGCUGCUCCAAACCCCGGCACGAACCCAAAGGGCAACGCAACUCCUCUUACUCAUUCUAAUCUUAAUCUCCUGGCCACUCUUGCCGCCGCUGCUAGUCUUACAGGAAAGCCAAGGGAGUGUGGUAAAACUGAAAGACCUCUUGGACAAUCUCUUGCCCCCACUUCCUCUAUGGCCCAGAACGUCAGCCAAGUUGUUUCCUCUCUAGUCAGUCCUCCUUUGUUGGGGGUGUCUCCUACUAAUAGUGGGUCGUUAUUGGGUGGUGCAGAAUUCCAAGGCAGCAUCAUGGACGAGAUUGAUCCACCCACAGUUUUGCCUGAUCUUAACAUGGCAAUGGCCGAGGGCCUAGUUGUUGUCAGUAGAACAGAACAACAGAUGGGCAAGGAGGGCAGCCUUGUACCUGCCACUAUGGAACGUGGCAUACCUGUAGCCAGUGCAAUUCGAUCCACUACUAGUGGUUCUCUUAGCCAGCAAGUGAAAGUGGAGGCUGCACAGACCUCUUGUGGAAACUUCAGUGCAACACAGGCUGAGUCUAGAACCCCGUCUUCUGCAUCACUACAGCAACAGUCUGAAAAUUCGGCAACUCCUCAAAUGCAGCCAAAUUCUGUUAAUAGCAUUCGGAAGAGUUCUACUCUCUCUUCCAGUAGCUCAUUAGCCCCAAAAGUCAGUUCUCAGUCUGCUGCUAUUGCCCAAGGUUUAUCAGCAUCUGUCACUGUACCUAAACUGGUUCCGGCGUCUCAGACUGUCCCGUCUAGUGGAGCAACUCCUUCACAGUUCCCCCCUCCGUCGUCCGUUACUCCCAUCAUUCACUCAUCUUCCUCAUCUGCUUCUACUUCAGUGCCAGCAUCACAAUCCACAACCUCCCAUGCUGUCGGCACUACUGGCUCCAGCUCUACUUCAACGCUAGCCAAAGGUCUCAACCUCCCUCUCCUCCAGUUCCUGAACCUCAAUUUCCCCUCGCUCAAGAUCAAAGACCUGCAAGACGUCCUCAGUAUCAACUCCCUCUUGACACAGGUCCUGAAGCAACAGCUCAACAAUCCAAACUCCACCUCCGUCACACUGCAGAAAGUGACUGAAGCUUCCAAAGUCGGGCAAUCGACGCUCAAAACAGUCCUUCCUGGUUCAAAGUCGUCUAUUACUGUCCAGUCAAACCUCGGUGGUUCUAAAUUGGCCCGGUCUCAGUUACAAGUACCAUCAAAACUUGGUGUGGCAUCUUCUACUGUUAGUGGAGCAUCUCCUCGCCUGGGCCUCUCCCAACAGGUCUCUGUCACCACUGUGGCCAGCUCACCUAGAACAUCAUCCCCUGCUGUGCAACUAAAGGCCCAUCAGCUGGCAGCUGAUGGAAAAGCGGUCGACCCAAAGACCCAGUUGGUAUCAACAGGCGUGGGAAUCAAUAUGGACCUUCUCUCCAAGCAGAGCUCCUCUCUGCUAUCAACCCUGGCUUCUCCUUCCACCUCGACCGCGACCAGUGCCGGGAACAGGAAGGCCGUCUUGGUACAGAUCCUCAACAAGGCAGGCUCCUCAUCCCCAACCACGGUGACGACUACACCUCCCAGCAAAGACCCCAUCCUCAUCCCGCGGAUGAUGAAGCCACUCUCCAAGGGCCCGCUCAUUCUCAACAGACACAGUCGCUCCCAGCUGCAGGGUAUCUCUGUAAGCCCAUCAGCCUACACUACCACGGCCUCCUCAAGCUCUAGAUCCAACACUCAACCUUCCACUCCAGUCUCGUCCCUCUGCGUCUCUCUCUCCCUCCCUGCCCUGAAGGGCUCUCUCCAGCCAAAGGACCCGGCGGAAAAGAAACGCAGGACGCCCUCCCGCAAAUCGGCUCACCAAGUCACCACUACGUCUGAGCAGCAGCAGAUGAACCGGACCGUUGUCCAGCCAGCCGAGAGUGAAGCAAUGGAGGUGGACGUCGGGCAGCCCGUUCAGAAAAUGAAGCUCCCGAAACACCUCAGAGACCACUCUUACUCCCUCUACAACCCAGAGGAGGCUGAGAAACAGCGAGUGCUGAAUGCCACCAACUUUUCCUUUAUCAGCACUAUUCCUCCAGCGAGACUGUCGUAUGCCCCGCAGGUCCCCGACUCCCCCUCCACACUCCACAAACUGCUCAAGGUCCUCCCCAAGAAGAACUCUCGCCACUCUCCCCCUCGCUCCGGGAAGGGCUUCGGGCGCAGGGGUCGCAUAGGUCGGAAGGGGCGUGACCAUGGAAAGAGCCGAGGGAAAGGCGGCACGAAGAAGGUGGGGUCGACUCCGACCUUGACGACUGUGAGUGACCCCUCAUCAUCAGAAUCGGACUCCGACGAAAUGUCUGGAAAGAAUCGGAGACGCUCUCAGAGGAACGCUGGACAGAGGAAACGCUACAUCGAUGACCUCAACAUUCCCAUCAGUGACGAUGAGCUGUUGGAAGAUGUCAUGAGUGCUCGUCCUCCGAGAAAAAGGACUACAAGGGCUAUGGUAACCAGGAGGAGGAUGAUCUGGAUGGGUGGGGAGCUGGGGGAGCAGGGGAUGGGAAUACCAAGGAUAAAUUGGCAGCCAAACACAAGAGCAGGACCAUCUCCAUCAACCCCACUGAAGGAUUCCAGUACUCUGAUGUCUACUUUGAGCCACCUGCGGAGGAGGCUAAUCUGGUGGAGAGGAUCCUGGCCCACAGAGUGAGGGACCCAGUGACUGAGGAGGAGAGGACCAACCACAGUCAGGGAGUUGAGGAGUUCUUCAUCAAAUACAAAAACUACUCCUACCUGCAUGCCGAGUGGGCCACAUUUGAGAAGCUGCUACAGGGAGAUCGGAGGUUUGACGGGAAGGUCAAGAGAUACAAGGCAAAGCAGGCAUCACUUGGCAUAUUUUCAAAUGUGGACGAGGAACCGUUUAACCCCGAGUACACUGAGGUUGACCGAGCACUGGAUGUAGCCACACAGACAGAGCCAAAUGGAGAGGUUGUUACUCACUACUUGGUAAAGUGGAAAUCUCUCCCAUACGAAGAUGCCACCUGGGAACUCGAGGAGGACAUUGACGCAGAGUCUAUUGCCACAUUCAACAGGAGACAGAUGGUACCCUCUGCAAAAGAACUAUCAUUUGUCCCAAGGCCUCCCCCAGCCUCGUUUAAACCAAUCAAGGAGACUCUAGAGUACAAAGAUGGGAACCUCCUGCGGUCCUACCAGAGAGAGGGCCUCAACUGGCUCCUCUUCAACUGGUACGCCAGGCAGAACUGUAUCCUGGCCGACGAGAUGGGGCUGGGCAAGACUGUGCAGUCCAUCGCCUUUCUCAUUGAGAUCUUUAAUGCAAGGAUCAGAGGUCCGUUUCUGGUGAUAGUUCCUCUCUCUACCAUUGGCAACUGGCAGAGAGAGUUUGCCACCUGGAGUGACUUCAAUGUCAUCAUCUACCACGGAAGUGCAUACAGUCGCCGUCUCAUCCACGAGUAUGAUCUCUACUAUCGAGACCGUCAGGGAAAGAUCAUUUCCGAUGCCUUCAAGUUCAACGUCAUCGUCACUACAUAUGAAGUCCUGCUCUCUGAUGACAGUGAGCUACAGAACAUAGACUGGAGGGUGGUGAUCAUUGACGAGGCCCACCGCCUCAAGAACAGAAACUGCAAGCUGCUGGAGGGGCUCAAGAGACUCGGCAUGGAGCACCGGGUCCUCCUCACGGGCACCCCGCUCCAGAACAGCGUGGAGGAGCUGUUCAGUCUCCUCAACUUCCUGGAGCCCCACACCUUCCCCUCCCACGUAUCCUUCCUCCAGCAGUUUGGAGAUCUCAAGACGGAGGAGCAGGUCGAGGAGCUCAAGACGAUACUGAAACCGAUGAUGUUGCGGAGGUUGAAGGAGGACGUGGAGAAGAGUAUUGCACCCAAAGAAGAAACCAUCAUUGAGGUGGAGUUGACGGCCAUCCAGAAGCAGUACUACAGAGCCAUUCUGGAGAGGAACUUUAUGUUUCUGUCCAGAGGCAGUUCUGCCCCGACCACCGCCAUCCCCUCCCUCCUCAACGUCAUGAUGGAACUCCGCAAGUGCUGCAACCACCCCUUCCUAAUCAAAGGGGCAGAGCAGAAGAUAGUGGCAGACUGGCAGACAGAGAAACCGACAGAGCCGGUGUAUCGCUCUCUCAUACAGGCCUCGGGGAAACUGGUGCUCAUCGACAAACUCCUCCCCAAGUUGAAGGAGAGCGGACACAAGGUCCUGAUAUUCUCACAGAUGGUUCGCUGUCUGGAUAUUUUGGAGGAUUACCUACGAAUAAAAGGAUAUUUGUAUGAGAGGAUAGACGGUCAGGUUCGAGGUACUCUCAGGCAGGAGGCCAUUGACCGAUUCUCCAAACCAGACACAGACAGAUUUGUGUUCCUCCUGUGCACCAGAGCUGGGGGACUGGGUAUCAAUCUGACUGCUGCCGACACCGUCAUCAUCUAUGACUCUGACUGGAACCCACAGAAUGACAUUCAGGCACAGGCUAGGUGUCACAGGAUCGGUCAGAACAAACCAGUGAAGGUCUAUCGACUCAUCACGAGAAACUCUUACGAGAGGGAAAUGUUUGAUAGGGCUAGUUUGAAGCUGGGACUGGACAAAGCUGUCCUUCACUCUGUCACCACGUCGCAACAACAAGCUGCAGGGCCGCCUCAGCUGAGUAAGAGGGAGAUUGAAGAUCUGCUAAAGAAAGGUGCAUAUGGAGCUCUCAUGGAAGGAAAUGACGAUGAUGCCAACAGGUUCUGUGAGGAGGACAUAGACCAGAUCCUGGAGCAGAGGGCCCACGUGGUCCAGCUGGAGAGCGAGGGGAAGGGCUCCACCUUCUCCAAGGCCAGCUUCGUAACCGACGAGUCGUCUGACAUCAACGUGGACGACCCUGACUUCUGGCAGAAGUGGGCUGAGAAGGCCCAACUCAACCUCGAUGAUCUGGCCAAUAAGGACAACCUAGUGUUGGACACUCCUCGCCAGCGGCGGCAGGUUCGUCGCUAUGGGAACGACCACCUAGAGGGAGAGAUAGUGGACAUGAUAGACCCGAGAGAGGACGUGAUUCCGUCGCGAGGACGACACGGCUGGACCAAGAUUGAGCUCUUCAAGACUGAGAAGUGGACGCUUAUUUUUGGCUGGGGGCAGUGGAAGGACGUUUUGGAGGCUUGUGACUUUAGGAAGAGGCAACUCGGUGUGGGAGACGUGGAGAACAUUUCUAGGACUAUUCUCAUAUACUGUCUGGCUCACUUCAAGGGGGACGAGAAGAUACCUCCCUACAUCCACCGUCUCAUAGACCCCAGUGAGGUCACAGAGGUGGGGGAGGACGCCGAGGGCUCGCAGUUCACAGAGGACGACUACCUGGCCCUCCUCAGCAAGAACCCCGAAACCCUCUUCCAGGAGGAGGCGUACAUGAAACACCUCCGCAGACAUGCACACAAGAUAAUCUUCCGUAUCCGCCAGCUGCACAUCAUCCGCUGGCAGAUGCUGGUGGGUCAUAAGAAGCAGAUAAUGAAGGGGACCCCCGCCAGGUACCUCGGUCUCCACCUGCCACGGCCGGAGGAGGGCCCACCGGCUCCGUGGUGGACUAAUGAGUGUGAUCACUCUCUCAUUGUCGGCAUCUUCAAACACGGUUACGAGCAGUUCCACCUGUUCCGCUCGGACCCGGCUCUGUGUUUCAAGGCCCUGGUGGGGGAGGAGUCUCAGACAAGUCUGAGGAGGAAGAAGAACCGCUGUCUCCCUCUCUCCAAGGGCAGGAAGGAAGACGAGGAGGACGAGGAGGAAUUCCUGGACCUGAGCGGGGAGGACAGCGACGGAGAGAGUGGUCCCUCCACCCCUGUUGGCCUCUCUGUACGACUCCCCAACAGAAAGACAAAGAAUAUUGCAACAAACACACAGAGUCCCACUCCUCCGAGGACAGGCAUGUAUCUAUGGCCGACGCUGGCAGAUGUGAAUACGCGAGCUCGCAGGCUAGUGAAUGCAUGGAUCAAAAACCAGAAGAGAGAGGAACAGAAACAAGUCCACCUCCUGAAGGAGAGGGUCAAGAGAGAGAAGGAGGCUGAAGUAAGCAGGAAGAAGGAGCAGAAGAAAGCUGAACUGGCUCAAAAAUGGUCAAAAAGGGAAGAACAGGAUUUUGCUCGUGUCAUCACUUUCUUUGGUGUAGUCUUUGACUCGAAAGCAAACAAGUACAACUGGACAAGGUUCAGACAGCUGGCCAACCUGACCAAAAAGAGUGAUGAGAGGCUGACCCUCUACCUCCAUGACUUCCAGCAGAUGUGCAGAAGAGUCCUCAGGAGGAAACGUAUCAGACGAGGGCUGUCUGGAAUUCGUGUGGAGCCAAUCAAUGAGGAUCGGUCCAUCAGAUGUCUCCAGAGGAUAGAGCUUCUCUCGGCUGUUAGGACAGAGAUCCUGCCUCAUCCUGACUUUGACCUACUCAUUGAGUUAUGUGAGCAGUCAUUUGAGGUCCCCAACUGGUGGAUCCCUGGCUCUCACGACAGAGACCUCCUCAGAGGAGUUGCCAAGCAUGGGCUGUUUCGCUCUGACCAGCUCAUCUACGGUGACCCUGAUCUCUGUUUCAAACAGACGGUUCCACAGACGGCUCUCUUUGACCCCACCACUAACCAAGUUGCCUUCCAGGAGUAUGAGGAUGACGAGAGUGGUGGGAGUGACGACGAAGAAGGUCCCAAACUCCGCUCUACUCUCCCUCCCUGGUCCAACCCUGUCCCCCUCGGCUGGCCUAAGGAAAAGGCUAUAGCCAUCAGGAUCACAAGGAUAUCCUAUGCCUUCCGUAAUGGAGUGUGGCCUAAACCGAUGGAAGGACUCGACCUGUUCAACCCAACCAUCAGUGACGACAGCUCGGACGGGAGCAGUAUGAGUGAGGGUGAGAGUGAGCCUGGGGGGCAGAGCGACGACAGUGACUUUGAGGUGGCCACCACCCGCUCCUCGCGGAGGAGGGCUUCGGGACUCACUGUCCAGAUCAGUGCAGCUGCUGUGGGUCAGGGAGGAGGAGGAGGCGAAGGAAGUGGGGAGAGGAGGGACUUUGAGAUCGAGAAGCAACAGGGGCUCAAGAUGAUAUUCAAGAAAAGCACAAACACUCCUCCUUUACGUGCCAAGUCGAAAGGUGCAAAUCUAGCAAAGAAGAAACAGCCUCCUGAACCACCACUAAAGCUGGAGAUAAGGAUUCCACUAGUGAAGCUGUCGUUUGUCAGUAAAGCUGGACUCAAACCUAUACCAAAGAAGAGGCCAGCAGACAGGGCAACGGGUGGCCCCAGUGACCUUCCAGACUCUAAGAGUAAGAGGCAAAAGACACAGUCAGGCACGCAAUCAUCACGGAUUGACCCAAGCAAAAUCAAUUUCACUGAUCUCAAUGGACAUGAGAGGGUUGGAGUUGUCAACAGGAACACUAACGAAAGGCUUCCCCUCAAACAGUCUCCGAUGUUAAAGAACUUGAAAUUCUGGCUAGAAGGCCACCCACACUUCAACGUGGACUCAAAGUGGGGUUCACUGGUUAUUGAGUGGGUAAGAUCUCUCAAACCCUACUCAUUGUCACUGGAGUUUCAUAAGGUUUUUGUUAAAUGCAGGGUGCACUGAAAGCCAGACAUGUAUCAUAGGGUCCUGCUAGCAGACCCAUCAGAACAGCCUUCAACUUUCUCAUCAGCAUUAUGAUGAUCUCUAUCAGAUUGUGUUCUGUAACUGUGUCAUUCAGCAUAACAAGGA